CGAGGGAGCUCUGCAAUGGAAACGUGUUUGAUGAGAUGUUCUCAUGGAGGAAUUGCUCUUUUCAGAGCCCUCAAACCUCCUCGAAAUGUGAAGCUUCCCAACUCCCUUCGUUUCUCCUCCAUGGCCCUCCACACUGAUGGAGGAAGGUCGGUUAAGAGAGCAUACGAUGCAUUAUUGUUGGAUGCGGGAGGUACCCUUUUGCAGUUAGCAAAGCCUGUCGAAGAGACUUAUGCAACCAUCGGCAGUAAAUACGGUUUAUCUACGACAUCAGCUGAAAUAAAGCAAGGAUUUAGGAAAGCUUUUGCUGCUCCAUGGCCUGAGAAGCUUCGUUACCAGGGAGAUGGGAGGCCAUUUUGGAAAUUGGUUGUUUCUGAAGCCACUGGUUGUGCUGAUGAUGAUUAUUUUGAAGAAGUUUAUGAGUAUUAUGCAAAAGGUGACGCAUGGUGCCUUCCAGAUGGAGCUUAUGAAACAAUAGUCCUUCUGAAGGAUGCUGGAGGUCAUAUUCAUAAAGUAUUUUCCUCUAUCUGUUAUUUGCUGGUACUAAUGAAGUCUAUGGUUUUUGAAUUAUUUUCUUCUUUCAUUAUUCCAAAUAUGAUGAGCUGUGAUACAGUUAAGGUGGCUGUUGUAUCCAAUUUUGAUACCCGCCUAAGGAAGUUAUUGAAGGAACUUAAUGUUUUAGAUCUGUUUGAUGCCGUUAUCAUAUCUUCAGAGGUUGGUUAUGAAAAACCUGACAUAAAAAUAUUUAAAGCUGCUUUAGAUCAACUUAAUGCUGAGGCUUGCAAAGCAGUACACAUUGGUGAUGAUCAAAAGGCAGAUAAGGUGGGGGCCAAUGCCAUUGGGGUUGAUUGCUGGCUAUGGGGAAUUGAUGUGAAGACAUUCUCUGACAUAGGAAACCGCAUUCUCAUUUCUGAGUCGUAGCUUCAACAGAUUUAAGUACCAGAUGCAUUUCUGCUUGAAGUAAUCCAAGUGACGGUGGUGUGUCAAGCACGAUUGCUUCAAGAAUGGCAAAAACUAAUGGGUGGAUAAUAAGGAAUUACGGGAAAGCCGUUUUGCUGAAGCUUGUUGUAUUCUCCUCCAACUAAUAAUAGAUUUGCAUGUGUAGAUACUUGACACUUCUUUUGGUUGUUGUGUUUGGAUUUGAGGGAUUACAUUCGGCCAUAUUAGUUAGUCCAGUUAUGUGCUAUUUAUUGGUUGUCAAGUUAUUGGAAUAUUGUUCAGGAAUCAUCAACAAUCAAUGAGUUAUUGGUAUAGAAAUUCAAUACAGAUUUGAACUGUAAGCUAA